GAACGUGCUGGUCUAUUAGAAAUGCGUGUUGAAAUGGAAAUGAGACAAGGAAAGCGAUACCACCAUCAUGGUGGAUUUGGUCCUGCAAUGGGUUUUGGUCAUCAACGAGUUGGUCCAAUGCCAAUGGGUCCUCCUUAUGGUGUAAUGCCUAACUCGUUAAAUGGAAUGAAUAGUAUGCAGAUUCCAAUUGGACAAGGUCAUCCUCCACCACAAACACACGUAAUGGCUCCACCAAUGCAAAACAUAUAUUUUGUUUCUGCUGAUAACCAACCUAUGCCAUCACAACAACAGAUAUUGUCUGCAGGUGGUGUGGUCCCAUCUGUAAAUCAAACAAAUAAUAUAUUUAGAGGUAAUAUGCAAAUACCUAUUCAACAACAACCUCAGCAGGUUAACAAUGACAAUAAUAAUAAUGGUCUUGUUCCUGGAAUGAACAUUCCUACAAUGGCAG